AUGGAACAUAAUUUAGAUAAUAAUAAUAAAAACAAUAUAAAAAAACCAGCAGGAACACACACUGCAAAUAAACUGGUAAAUCGGUCAGAGUCUGAUAUCCAACAUACCGAUCGCCAGGCACCCUUUCCAAAACGGAAAGCGGAAAAAAGUACUGAGGGCAAAGAAGCUAGGAACAAUACUAGCUCUCUGCCAACUGAAUCAAAAACGGAAUCUUCGUUACGAAAAGGAAGUCAAGGAACUCUGGGUUCAAAGGUUGCACCAAAAGAUGUAACGAUCGAAACACUACCACAGCCCUCCACAACUACUGGUUUGAGCGGUGCGGGUACAAAAUGGUACCUGCGCUAUCUCAAAGAAGGCUUAGCACCGGAGGCAGCCAAGGAAAAGGCGCUCAAUCGGCCGAGGGGCAAUCAAGACUCUAAGAAAAGGUCUGCCCAAGAAAUUAGUCCGAUCGAUCAUCAAUCAGCUAAGAAAAGAAGAGGGAAUGAGAAACCUCCACAAGCAAAGGAUGGUACGCAAAUGGCACAACCGAGAAAAAUGAUAUCGGGUAGCAGUUACGCUAAUGUAGCCAAGAGCUUAAGAAUAGCAAUUCUUCCGAAAUCUUACCCGGAAUCAACUCUCUCUAGGGAGGAGCAAGGUAAAAUCGAGGAACUUCUCAUUGAGGAGAUGUAUAAAGGAUGGGAUGCCAAGCUACGAUUUAGCGGGAUACACUUUCGCCCAGGACUUAUACUGGUUGACUGCGUAGACGAGGAUGCGGCUAAUUUUAUCCAUGGAACGGCACCUAAGCUGAACGGAUGGGAAGGCGCUGAACUCACCACGUGUGUCGGGGACAAAAUACCGAAAUUACACAUGUUGACAGUCUACCUCCCAAGAGCUAAAGGGGAAAAGCUGCUAAAACUGCUCAUAACUCAAAAUGAGGGUCUACAUACUCAGCUGUGGAGAGUUUUUAGCAGCAAGGAUCUGAAAAAUGGCAAACUCCUAACAAUCGGGAUUGACAACCGGUCUCAGGAAGCCAUAACAACCAACGGCUGUAGGAUCUUCUACAGGUUCAGUUCCGUCCCAAUUCACCUGCAUAAGGGACGAGACAACAAGGAAAGAAGUAACUCAGCUGGGGAAAAUACACCAGAUGUAGGAACGAUACCUGCAACUGUUGCGGAACUAGUGGAGGAGGAGGCGACCAGGAGCGAGAAGAUUGAAGAUAUCAGCGUGCUACCUCACGAGAGUGAGGACAUUGAGAAUCUAGAUCUCUCUCUACUGAACUUGGCGUCCGAGGAAGACUCCGAAAGAAUCUUUCUGUCAGACACCGACGACGGUCUGAUAGAAGAAACGAAGGAGGAAUAA